AUGGGAUGCUUUAUUUCAAAAAAUAAUCUAAAACCAAAAAUUAUCGUUACACAUAACAAUCCGACAAUUUCAAUAAAAAUAUCUGAGAAGGAAAUUGUUUGUAAAAAAGAAACUGCUGAAAUGGACCAAGUUAGUAGUUUAAGCAGUGAUUCGAAUACUAUAGGACAUAUCGAAGAUGAAAAAGAUAUGCUUCCAUUUCCAGAAAAAGAUUACGGUGGAGAUAGAUUAGCUUUACAACAUCAUCUAUUUAAAUAUAUUUGGCAAAGCAACUUUUCAGCUCCUGUUGAUGAUAAAUUGAACUCUGGUGCAAAAGUAUUGGAUUUUGG